AUGGAAGAGAAUAGGCUGACUGAAGAGCAGUUUGAAGAUAGAUUGAAGAGUUUAUUGAGGCUUCAAGAGCUUAAGGAUAUGGAAGCAAGGAAGUGGCAUGCUAGAGAAAAGCAAAAUGAAUUUAGAUGGGGUGAUUCUAACACUUCUUAUUUUCACAGAAUAGCUAAUGCUAGAAAGAAGAGAAAUACAAUUGCAAAGAUUGAAGUAGAAGGUGUUGAAUGUUUUGAUUUUCCAACUAUUGAUGAAGUCGAAAGGAAUGAAAUGGAGAAGGAUUUUACAGAAGAGGAGGUUUAUGAAGUUGUGAAGCAUUUUGGUACUAAUAAGUCACCUGGACCAAAUGGUUUUUCUAUGGAGUUUUACAAAUAUUGUUGGCCCAUUAUCAAGAUUGAUUUUAUGAGGUUGAUGAGUGAAUUCUUUAGAUAUGGCUCUUGGGACUGGAGGUUAAAUUGUUCAUUCAUCUCUUUGAUUCCAAAAAAAGAAGAUUCUUGCACUCCAAAGGAUUACAGGCCUUUAAGUCUGUUGGGAAGUGCUUACAAGGUAUUGUAUAAAGUGUUGGAAAAUAGGAUGAAGUCAGUGAUGAAUAAGUUGGUGUCUGAUUUCCAAGGGGAAUUUGUGAAAGAAAUUCUUUCAAAAUUGGUGGAUGAUGCAGUUGGGAGGAAUCAAAUUCAUGGCUUCCAGGUGGUAGAAGGUGGUACCAUGAUUUCUCAUUUGCAAUUUGCAGAUGAUACUUUGUUGUUUGUGAAUGCAACUGAGGAUGAAAUUAGAAAAUUGCUACUUAUUUUAAAUUAUUUUGAGUUACUCACAGGUAUGAAGCUGAAUUUGGAUAAAAGCACAUUAAUAAGUGUUGGUGCAGAUGAUGUUGUGGGUUCUUUGGCAAUGGAGUUGGGUUGCAGGGUGGAGAAAUUGCCAAUUAAAUACUUAGGUUUUCCAAUUGGAGCUACAGUUAGGUGCACAUCAGUCUGGGAUGAGGUAAUUAAGAGAAUGGAAGUGAAGUUAGCUUCAUGGAAGAAGAAGUUUUUAUCUAAAGAUGGGAGAUUAGUUCUUAUUAGAAGUUUCUUAGCAAGCCUGCCAAUUUACUUUAUUUCUCUUAUUCAUAUGCCUGUUAGUGUAGAGAAGAAAUUAAAUCAGUUGAUGAGAAGAUUUCUGCGGGACUCAAAUGAAGAUAGAAGGAAGAUGAGUUGGGUGUCUUGGCUCAAAAUUUGUAAUCCAAAGAAGUUAGGAGGAUUGGGUGUUAAAGAUUUAAGUAGUACAAGCAAAGCUUUAAAGGAAAAGUGGAUUUGGAGGUAUCCUGCAGUUUUUAAAGUGUGUAGCAUGAAAAAUGCUUCAAUUACUGACAUGGUGGAGGAUGGAAGAUUGUAUUGUAAUUUCAGAAGAAGGUUGUUUAUGCAGGAACGGAUGGAAUGGGACUUGUUGUGCAAUGAACUAGGACCAGUUCAUGGUUUAGUGGAGGAAGAGGAUUCUGUGGAGAUAAUGAGUGAAUUUACAGUCAAGAAAUGUUAUGAACAACUGGUGCAGGAUGAUACAACUUGUGAUUUCAACAAAUUUUUAUGGAAGCAGGGGAUCCCUCCAAAGGUGAGUUUUAUAUGUUGGGCUACUUUUCAUGAUUCACUACCUACUUUGUCAAUGCUUAGGCAUAGAGGGAUGGAUAUUCAAGAUGAUAAAUGUCCAUUUUGUAAGGAAGAAGAGGAAACUACAUAUCAUAUAUUUGUGAGUUGUUCCUUUGCUUUUGAGGUUUGGUCUCAUUUUGUUAAGGCUUUUAGAAUUGCUUGGGUGUUUCCAAAUUCUGUGAAAGCUAACUUUGAAGCUUGGAGAAUGAACAACUCAAAAGGAAAAAGUAAAGAAGUGUGGUGGAAAGUGAUCUAUGUCGUGCAGUGGCAUCUGUGGAAUGCUAGAAAUAAAAUAGUUUUUGGAGGAAGAGCAAUGACAGUGGAGGAAGUUAUCUUGUUGAUAAAACAGUCUAUCAUUCUAUGA